UGACAGUAAGGUGGAGACGGUGCUUUCAGGGUCCGGUCGAUGAGAGGCACAAAAUCUUAAUUUCCACCAGGCUGAUUGCAUUGUAUAUGGUUGAUUUAACAGAAUUUAGGGAGUGUGUUAUUUAUUUCAAACCGUGCUCUGCUGAGAGUUUUUAUUAUUUUGAUUUAAUUUCUUUUACUUUUAGCCUACUUUUAUUUUCUGUCUUUGCACUGCUGACUAGCCUGAAUAAAAUAGACAGGUUAUUGUCUAUGCUGGUUUGUCUAGCCUUUAUUGAGCUCUGUUGGUUGAGCAUGAUGUUUAGACAGUGUUUUGUUAUUGUCUUUGCCGAAUAUUGCAAAAUAAAGGUGUAACUGUUUUUGCAAUUUAGCUACUCUCUUUUCUACUCUCUAAGGUUUAAUUAUUAUUUAAGUAAUUUUUUUUCUACAAAAAACUAGGCCCACCCACUUUUUCACUGGCCCGCCCAAAAUACAAUUUCUGCCUAAGCCCCUGCUGCUCGCGCACAAAGGAGUUUUCUACGCGCUCGCUGUUGUUCUUUUUGACAGUAAGGUGGAGACGGUGCUUUCGGGGUCCGAUCAAUGCUGCGAGGUGGGUCUGGAUUAGGAUUGAAGGAUUAGGGAUGAAUGAGGUUCAUACAUUUUGUUCGUCCGGCGGUGCUGCAGCUUCAUUAUGCUACUUGAUAUUGUGCUUUGCUCCACGCUUUGCUCCCCCCCUCCAAGUUCUUACACCUGCUUUAGCUUUGUUUUUUUUGUCUUCGACACUGGGUUGUCCCCCAAUAGUUUUGUUUGCGUUUCAGAACGUUAACUUUACACACUCUUUGUUGUCAUUGUGGACAGUGAGGAAGUUAUGUAACGGAGGUGUCAUAAAACUCUGCACUGUUUGAGAAGAAAACGCCAGGUCUCUGAACUUAAGAAAGAACAGCCAAGGCCCUUGAGUUUUUACUACACGAGCCAGACGCGCAGGUUCAGAUGCUCGCAGUUUGUUUUAUGAUGUCAGGCCUUAAACUGCAGAUACUUCAGCUGAGCUCGCAGGGGCAUAAUCUCCAGCUGGAAAGCUUUCUCGGGCCCUGGUGUUGCCCUUCACCUGGGUGAGGCGUGGAAAGUUGGCAGGAGACUGGAGUUUCAGCAACAUCAAUACUCUUCCUGCCACCAGGUUUGUUUUAUGUCUCUCUGCGUCGGCGGGCACUUGAGGGGUGGACAAUUUGUUUAGGCAGCUGAAGAUGGAACUGUGUGUAGCGGAGGAUUAUGAGAUCGCCGGGUGAUUUGUGGGUGGGAUCUUCUCAGAGGCCCCCGGCUGAAAUAUCCAACACUUGCUUUGGUGUUAAAUUAUGAUACCUAAACCAUAAAUAUUCUGCAUUAAGACCCCCAGCGUUCCACGUUUGAGAACAGAUAGUUUGUCUUUCUGUUCUUACUCCCCCCGUGAGUGGCUGAAUUUGUCCCACAUUCCUUUGUGAAAAACACUUAAUGAGUCAGUGAAACCAGGGAUUUUAUUCUUCCUCUGUUGCGCACACAUCUUCGCAGCGCGGUUUACAUCUUAAUAAUGUACUCCAGACCAUAAUUUAAUUCACCACAGCAGUGUGAAACACACACCGAGAAGGAAUCUCGCCACAGCAAAAAUUGGAGUGUUGAAAUUUCAGGGUUAAAAAUUUCCGAGUUGAUUUUCACUCCCUGAGUGUAAUUUUAACACAUUCUGAUUUAAAUGGUGUUCAGUGUUGGAGUUAUUUGGCAGAGUUGAUCAUGUCAGUGUUAACCCAACUCCGCAGAGACGUAAUUAAGCUCCGCCCACGCCUUUCACCUCUUCGGUUAGAGACAGAGAAGACAAGUCUGCGCCAUUUUCUACCUCUCAUGCAGUACUACACGGUAAGUGCAAUUAAGUUAAACUCACUGAAACAAUUAAAAAUUGAUGCUGAGAAUUUCAGUAUGAACAAUUAAAUAUCUACAGAGAAUAUAUGCCUUACACAGCCGUGUUUGUUGCCAGGACUGAACAGUACAUUUGUCCUCGUGGUUAGCUAGCUAGUUAGCAGUGUACGGUAAGCUAGCUAACAGUUUGUUACUAAAACUAUCUCCAACUUUAUCAAUAAUGAUUUAACAAUUCAUAGGCAUACUCAAAGGUAGGAAAUACAAAGCAUUAUGAUUUUUAACUAUAUAAAAUCUUGUUUGAGGCUGGAGCUAACGUUUUUUUUUCCUCUUUGAAGAUCAAAGGGACCGCAAAAAACGUGUCCCAACAUGCAGACGGUGUUUCACGUGUCUAGUUCACGUGUCUAGCUAUCCAUCAGAUUCUAUGACCUGCAGUGUUGGAAAAAGUACUCAUUUACUUAAGUAAAAGUAUGUAAGUAUUACCAUUACUAUAAUUACCAAAUUAAAGCUAAAGUACAAAAUUAGCAGAAAAUUGGGGUGUGACUGAUAUAUAUGAAAUACAUUUAAGUGCAUCAUUGAAUACUUUAUUUUAUUUUAUUUUUUUUUAUUUACUUUGUCAAACUUCAUUGCAUGUCUCAGUCAAAAUGCUGGUCCAGGUGAAGUACAGCCAACAGCAGAAGUAUGUAAAGUUGGAUGAGGAUGAAGGACUGUUUGACUUUCUGCAAUUCCAUGAAAAAGUCAUGGAGAGAUUUGGCCUGCCACCUGAUGCAAAUGUUAUAUACAAGGAUGCAACAGGGACAGAAGUUGAUGCAGAAAUAUUCAGCGACCUCGUUGGACAAGGCAAUGUGGUCCUGACAGUUUUCUCAGAUCAGGAAUUCUCUGAUUUCUCCUUGUCUUCUGAGACGUCUGACUCAAGCUUCAGCUCAAGUGCAUCAACUAUAAUCCUAGAUGUUCCGAACAAGAGACAAAGAAUUGAGGAUACACGUGAUGCUGUGUCUGCUAAACAGUUGAUAGAAGCUGUGCUAAGAGGCAAGUCCGGAGGUGAAGAAGUACUACAGGAGUACCAAACAACAGAAACCCAGAUGCUGCAAGAAGACAAAUGGUUAAUAUCCUGGUGGCUCACAUGAUUGACAAUCAUGGGCACUAAAACAAUCAGAGAAGAUUAUGCACGUGGGAUAGUGAUGCUGUUCCCUUCCCUUAAGGAUCCAUACUCCAAGAAGGGCUAUGUAAUAGGCAUUAUUAUUGUUUAAACUUCCAUGUCAUGUUGUGACCCAAAACUGUGUGGAUGACAUUGAUAUUUGAAUUCCGUGAGAUUUCUCAUGAGCCUGGUAUUACAACACAUUUCUUUUUUCAUUUCAGGAACACUUCUAUGAUGCUGCAAGCAGCACAGGAUACAUUUCUUGGCGUCUGAAAACAGUCCAGAGGAAGAUUCGUCAAGUAUCUGCACAGCCACCAAAAAGCCCAAUUGACUUUUCUCCAGUAGGCCCAAAUUGCCAAAGGACUGUUAAUGUUGAAGGGCAGCUUGAUGGUGAUGCUUGCCAAGAGGCCAUGUCUUUGCUUAACCAUGCAGCAGACAAUUCCCUGAUUUUCCAGAAGAUGAGAGAGACCUUUCAGCAUCGUCAGAAGCUUGUUAAUGACCCAGGCAGAAGUGUUGAUAUACUCUCCAACUUCCCAAGAUUUCUGGAUACAAAAGGAUUGGUGGAACAAGACUUCACUCUCCUAUUUGACGAAGACACAUCAUCCAGGCUUCUUCAGAAAUGGGAUUUGUUCUUCAAGCCAAAUGUCAUUAAAGAGGCUAAGCGGCUCACCUCAACACCAGAGUUGCGUCGCUUGGUGCAGUCAGCAGAAAGUCCCCCAGGAAGUGAUCUUGAUGAGGCAACAACCUACGACCAAGAAAUGGCCUCCCUGUUGUUGCUGUUACAUCUCCUUCCACCACCUCCAGGGGGACUGAAGUCUCCAAAAAUUAGUGCAUGUGAUGCAGUUGAAAGACUUGUUGUCUUUCAUAAGUCAUGCUGCAGUUUGGAGGAGCAUCUCCGCAACCAGCAGGGUCGGCAGCCGUACCUCCUCGCUGUUGGGCGUCAGAAGAGCAAGAUUGACAGCUUCUACGUCACCAUGGAUAAGCGUCUCAUCCCAUGCAAGGCAAACCGCUCCCUCGGGGCAUGUGAUGAACUUUUCAAAGCACAUUAAAUUUGUCUUACGAUGUGGCACUUGUGAAUUUUUAUACAUUCCUGCAGACAACAGUGUAUAACAUUGAUGUGGGGAAAAUGAAGGAGUCACCCAGAGUUAAAGACUUGAGAGCAAGACUGCUUAACCAGCAAGUAGCAUUCUCACCCUGUGAGUAAGAAGCUAUAACAAUGCUGACCUGUUUCAUGUGUCAGAAAAAUUAUCCCAGCAGUCAGCAGUUGAUUUCACAUUUAAGAGUUGAACAUGGUUACUAUCCUGGACCCAAGUUCAAAUUGUUUUGUUCUCAGCAAUGCUGUAGGCAUCAGUUCCUAACAUAUGCAGGUUUUCGAAAGCACCGUAAUAGUGUUCAGAGCAUUUUUCAGCAAACUCAAACUUCAACUGUUGCAUGUUCAUCUAGUGAGCCAGUUGCAACUUCAUCUCAGGCACAUACUUUGGAGGACCAAUUUAUUCCACAAAAUCAAUGUAGUUCUUCCAGUAUUUCUUCUGAGGCCAAUGAUUCAGGACUUACUAAAGAUCCAACUAAAGAAAUGUGUGCAUCCAUCGUGGCCAAAUUACAGGGGAGUGGGAUAUCCAACAGUUUGGUAUCCUCAAUUGUAGGAGAUUUGGAAGAACUAACGAGUGAACUUCGCUCACAAGCAAAGCAUACAGCUAUUUCUGCUUUACCUAUAACUGACCCCAACAUAUCUGUGAUAAAUGAAUCUUUUGAAGAUUAUGAAAAUCCGUUUUCAAAUCUGAACACAGAAUGGAAACGAAAUAAAUACUUCCACCAAAAAUGGGGAGUUGUUGAGCCAGUAGAAAUAACACUGGGAGUGAGAUAUGACAACAGGCGAAAUCAGAAAUCCGGUACUUAUGAUCAAGUACCUGUGAAGGAUACUUUUAUCUAUGUGCCAAUUUUAGAAACAUUGAAGUUCAUGUGCAGAAAUCCAGACAUUUGUGUUUUGCUAAAGAAGGAGUGUAGAUCAGAGCCUGACACUUAUACUGACUUUUUUGGUGGAAGUUAUUUUAAAACCCACCCUUUGUUUACAGCUAAUAAACAUGCAUUGCAAAUUCAACUAUACUAUGACGAUUUUGAAACAGCCAAUCCCCUUGGCUCCAAACGUGGAAUACACAAAAUUGGCUGUCUUUAUUUUGUUGUAAGAAAUUUGCCCCCAAAAUUUAAUUCGGUUUUGAUGAACAUUCAUUUGGUAUCACUUUUUCACACACAAGAUCUGCGCAAGUAUGGUUUUGAUGUUAUACUAGAACCGUUGAUAAAUGAUGUGAAAAAACUAGAAAGCCAAGGGCUAAGUCUUCCAUUUGUAGAUGAGCAGGUAUAUGGUACAAUCUGUCAGAUUACUGGAGAUAAUCUAGGGAUGCACACAAUUCUUGGUUUUAAUGAGUCAUUUAGUAGCCGUCAUUUCUGUUGCCUUUGUUUGAUUGAGAAGAAUGAUUGUCAAACGGUAUACAGUGAGGAUGAUCCUAAAGUGAUCCUUCGUGGAAAAGAUAUGUUUGAUAUGCAUUGCCAGUCUCUCCAGGAAAACCCACAAUUUAAGUCACUUUAUGGUUUGAAAAAAAGAUCUGCACUUAAUUCAUUGAAGUAUUUCCAUGUUUGCAAUAACUAUUCAUUUGAUAUCAUGCAUGAUCUUCUUGAGGGUGUGGUUCAGUAUGAGAUCAAAUUGCUUUUUGGAUAUCUCACACAACACUUUAUGUCAGAACAAGACUUGCUUUCCAGGAUUUAUGGUUUUGAUUAUGGAUUUUUAGAACGAAAAAAAUCGUCCUACAAAGAUUAUUUUGGAGAGUGCUGGCAAUGGCAUUGGUUUGAAUUCUAUUCAGACAUUGUGUCUUGUGAAAAACAUCCCACUGUUGUUUGGUGAAAUUAUUCCUGCAGGAAACAAAAACUGGAAUUGGUUACUGUUGUCAAAUAAUGAACAUAGUUUUUUCACCUUCUCUCACUCUAGGUAUGACAAUAUAUUUAAAGCAUUUGAUUGUUGACCACCACAAACUAUUUAAGCACUUGUAUCCACAUAGAAACGUGAUACCUAAGCAUCAUUUUAUGAUCCAUUACCCAUCUUCUAUAAGGAAAAUUGGCCCCUUAUUAUAUACGUGGUGUAUGAGGUUUGAGGCCAAACACAAGCUGUUUAAAGAUUCUUUAAAAAAUUUCAAAAACAUAACCAAAUCGCUUGCUAUAAAGCAUCAGAUGGCCAUUGCUUAUCACUGGGAAACCUUCACCCUCAAAAAAAAUGAGUAUGGGCCCAUUAAAUCUUUUCUCUUCAGAGAUGAGAAUGUGGUCAACAAUGAAAUGCUUGAAACAAUCUUGUCAAAAGAUGUUUUCUCAACUAGUUGGGUUAAAGUUGAUGGUGUAGAGUAUAAAGCUGGACUAGUUAUUUGCAGUGCAAUGGAAGAAGACAUGCCAGUCUUUUGUCAAAUAAGUGAUGUACUUUUGGUUGAAGAUCACUUAUUUUUUUUGACAAACAAGCUAUUUACAGAGAAUUUUGAUGACCAUCAUCAUGCAUUCAGAGUAUUACGAAGUGCGGAAAGAUGUUUACUAAAAAUGUCUUAGCUUAAAUUUCAAAAACCGUUUGAUAUUCAAAGCUCAUACAAUGUUUCGGAUGAAAGUUUGUACAUUAUACCUUCAUUCACAAUGUUUUAAUUCAACUGACUGCAAGGGAGAAAAGGAAUAAAUGUUUUUGAAAAUGUU